GCGGCGGGGCGGGGCCUGGGGCUCCCGGGCUCUUCUUAAUCCGCGCGCCGCCGCCUCCCCCUGCCGCUUUUCUUUACGUUUUUUAUUUAUUUAUCUUCUUUUUUUCCUUCCUAUUCCCCCUGCUGGCCGUAGCGCGAGUGGGGACGGUGCCCUCGGCUUGGCACUGGUUUUCUGGCUGUUCCUGGCCUGUUUACCAUUGUUCUCCCAGGUAAUCUUUGCUUCAUUCUGUAGCUUCCUGUUUCUCACAGAAGUGGGACGUGUGUCUUCUCCUGAGGAGAAAAUCUGCUGAAGAAAGUCUGUGUGUUCACCCUUACCUAGGAGCAUGGAGAAGUUAAUAUCUGAAAGGCCUGUUUCUCUUCCCAAGGCCAAGCCAGAUACAAACUUGUGCCCUUGCACACCUGACAAGUAUUUCCUCCCUGGUGGGAGGGACAAUGAGAACUGUAAGGCUACUGAGAAUGAAAGGAAGUGGAUUCGCCCUGAUACACCUAGCAAAUGCACCUGGAAGCUUGGGAAACCCCUGUCUGCCUCUCCACAUCAUCAUGCCACUUUGUCAGAGCCUCCAAACAUCCUGCCAAACAUCCUGAAUAAAGUUGGCAAUACACCCUUGGUGCGAAUCAACAAGAUCGGGAAGCACUUUGGGCUGAAGUGUGAACUCUUGGUAAAAUGUGAGUACUUCAAUGCUGGGGGCAGUGUGAAGGACCGCAUCAGCCUGAGGAUGGUAGAGGAUGCUGAAAAAGCUGGGAUCUUGAAGCCUGGGGACACAAUCAUAGAGCCAACCUCUGGAAACACAGGAAUUGGGCUGGCCUUGGCUGCAGCAGUGAAGGGUUACCGCUGUAUCAUUGUGAUGCCAGAGAAAAUGAGUAUGGAGAAGGUGGAUGUCCUGAGAGCUCUGGGUGCUGAGAUUGUGAGGACCCCAACUACUGCCAGAUUUGACUCUCCUGAAUCUCAUGUGGGAGUAGCAUGGAGACUGAAAAAUGAAAUCCCCAAUGCACAUAUCCUAGACCAGUAUCGUAAUGCCAGCAACCCCCUGACACACUAUGAUACCACAGCUGAAGAGAUCCUGCAGCAAUGUGAAGGAAAAAUAGACAUGUUUGUGGCUACAGCUGGCACUGGAGGGACCAUCACUGGCACUUCCAGAAAGCUGAAGGAGAAGUGCCCAGGAUGCAAAAUCAUAGGUGUUGAUCCUGAAGGCUCCAUCCUCGCUCAACCAGAAGAACUGAACAAGACUGACAAGACAAUGUAUGAAGUGGAAGGAAUUGGGUAUGAUUUCGUCCCCACGGUGCUGGAUAGAUCUACAGUGGACCAGUGGUACAAGAGCAACGAUGAGGAGUCUUUUACUCUUGCGCGCAUGCUAAUCCGAGAGGAAGGACUGCUGUGUGGCGGCAGCUCAGGCAGUGCCAUGUCUGUAGCUGUGAAGGCAGCCAAAGAACUGAAGGAAGGUCAGCGCUGUGUUGUUAUCCUCCCUGACUCCAUCAGGAACUACAUGUCCAAGUUCUUGAGUGACAAAUGGAUGAUUCAGAAAGGGUUCAUGAAAGAGGAAGACCUCAUCAAAAAACCUUGGUGGUGGAACAUCAGUGUUCAGGAGUUAAGCCUCUCAGCUCCUCUGACUGUGCUUCCAACUGUUACCUGUGCAAAGACGGUUGAAAUCCUCCGAGAGAAAGGAUUCGACCAGGUACCAGUUGUUGAUGAAUCUGGGGUGAUUUUGGGCAUGGUUACCCUGGGUAACAUGCUUUCUUCUCUGCUUGCUGGAAAAGUUCAGCCUUCAGAUGAAGUCAGCAAAGUAAUCUACAAGCAAUUCAAACAGAUAGAUAAUCAAGCGUCAGGUGAAAAUGUGAUUAACCUGAAAGACAGCUUGGGGAAACUUUCUCAUAUCCUGGAAAUAGAUCACUUUGCUCUAGUGGUCCACGAACAGAUUCAGUAUCACACUGAUGGUUCUUCCAGUAAGCGGCAAAUGGUGUUUGGCAUUGUUACAGCUAUCGACCUGCUUAACUUUGUGACUGCACGAGAACGGGAAAGAAAGUCCAACUAAAGUCAAGUAGCAGCCUGAAGCCUCUUCAACAGCAUUUUGCAAUCUCUAACAAAGAAUCAGGUUUUUUCUUAGGUGGAAUAGUCUGCUGCUAGGGUAGAGGUGGGGGGAUUUUGUUUUGUUUUAAUUCUGAAAACAAGCGUUACUAUCCUCGUGUCAGCUAUAUAGCCAGCACAUUUUACAGUAUUGCACAGCUUCUGGGGGUUCAUUUCUUAAUCAUCAGGUUACACAAUGUUUCUUGUUAAGACAAACUUAUUUUUUUAGCUAUAUAUAUAUAUACAUUAUAUAUACAUAUAUGUGUAAGAAUAUUACUUAAAUUAACUGGUGUGUUCCUUAUCCGUUAUGUUUAAAGUCUGGCUUUCCAAAACAUUGUUUCAGAUUCACUAAAGAUGAUGAAGAAAAAAGUUACUGAAGUAGAGACCCAAGAGAGCUCCAAAAAGUUUUGUCUGUGCAAGGGUGUUACGUUAGACAAUACCUGUGUGAAGACAAAAACAGUAUCAGGGUGGGGAAAGAAGGGAAGCAUUUUUUUCAUGACAUCAAUGCAAAACAAAGUAGGAGAAAAGGCCUUAAAAAAAAAAGGCCAAAGAAGAAGAAAUUCCAGCCUGAGGGCUAGGAUUAAGGUUUGUUUCAACCAGCUGCUCUGAGACUAAAUGGACUUGACUGGAAGCCUGACAGUGAAGUGACAAAUGUAAAAUAGUGACUUAAUUUUAAACAGAACACUAGCUUUCACUGCAAAGACCAACCUUUCUUUUUUUUCCAAUUGUACCUGAUAAGUAAGCACAAUUGAAAUGAAAAAAGUUAAAUCAGAUCAAACUUCUUGCCUGAAUGUUAAUAACAUUCAGGUCGUGCUGUGUUACAUAUAGUACCUUCCACUUUCCCCCCCACUUUUGUCUUAAAGUUCUCUUGCUUAUGCCUGUUUUACAAAAGUCAAAGCUAAUCCAUUGAGAGCUGUAAAGUCUUUUAUAAAUCCUGUUCAGGUGCUCCUAAACUGUAGCUUCUUAUUCCAGAAAAAAAAUUUAUUACUUGAAUUCCCUGUAGCCAAGCUUGGAAGUAACUGGUCAACAUGGUGUGGACUUGAUCUGUCAUAAGCACAAGAGUACUGUGCAGUAGGUGUGUGUAACUACAAAUGUUUACCACUUCCAGAACUAUCUGGAUUUUCAGUUAUAUUUGACACAGGUAGUCAUGGCAGAGUUUGUUGGCACUAGCAGCCCAAUCUGCUAGUUGCAACACACUACUGGGCUCAGGCUACCAGUUCCUGUUAGUUGGUGGUAAUGAUGGGUGGAAUAACCAUAUGGUCAAAGGAGAAAAGUAGCUAUAGUUCAUCUUAAUGCUUUACUGCUCUUCUGACUGGCUCUUUUCCAGAGGCAAAACUUUUGGUCAGCAGAAGUGACACUUCUCUUAGCUUGUCUGUCUUUCCACAGAAGCAGAAAAAUACUAUUUAGGUUGAGAGUAUUGUUCGUAGGAUAGUGAGGUUAAAAAAAAAAGGCUCAAAAAAAUGGAAGCUGGGAGUCCGCUAAAAGAAAACGAAAAAGGUUUAUUCAAAAAUCACAGUUACCACCCUCUGCUCCCUGUACCCCUGUAUAUUAGUUUCCGUCUACCCUGCUGGUCUCCCUGUGGCAGUGGAAUUUGCUUUAUAUUUUGAAGUGUGCUCAGAGGAGGGAGACCAUGGAAGCCGCCCUGCCCUGUGUCAGUGCUGAGCACAGAAUGUCAAGCGCAGCCUUCGCCUGGUGCUGGGCUGGAGGAGAGAGAAAAACAGAAGAGAGACAAGAGCUCAAAGACACAGAAGCGGCACCAGUAGUACUGUUUGCCUGCCAGCAGUGUGGCAGGCUGGUUUGCGUUUUGUAGCUGCUUCUUUCUCUCACCUUAAUUUUGUGAAUGUUAGGAACUUUGUGGAAAUGACUGAAAAGCCGCAGGCUGAUUUGUGUUAGCUCUUUAAUGCUGUGGUGAUGACUGCUAAGCUUACUCCAUCCCUUAGUGAGUUUAUUCCCUUAGACAUUGGCUGUUCCUUCAGAUUAGGGCUGUUGCUGAAGUAACAUGACUCAUGGUCUUUCCUGAGUACCUGCUUUCUCAAGUAACGUGAGUAAGGGAGACUGUAGACUAAAUAGAAAGGUUGGGAAUAGGAGGUCACUUAGUUGCAGUCAGAUUGGGUGAGAAAGGAGUGGCAGAGUCACCAAGGUCACUUUGUCUCUCUGAUUUAGGUGGAAGCAGGUGGCUCUUACUGAUUUUAAUUCCAGCACCUAGGAGUUGAUGCUUGAUCCCUCAUAGCUAAACAUUCCAGAUGACUGCCUAAACUGAGGAAGAACAGAUAAUGAAUUAGAUCCAUCUUCCGGGUCUUUAUUACUGCCUGGAUUAAUCUCCUCAAAUUAUCUAUGUAAAAGAUAGAUAUCAAGACUAAUCUCGUCACUCUGACCCAGUGGAGAGAGAAAGUGCCCUCCAGGAAUGAUUCAUCUUUGACGCCUAUUGUAGAAUGGGGUGAAUUACACUAGGAAAUACUUGCCUUAAACUAUGUUUUUAAGAUUUAAGACAACUUUUCCUAAGGCUUUGGACUAAACUACUCUAAAGUGUAAAUGUGUGCAACUUAAUAGGUUCUGAAGGAUGGUGUCUUUUUUUUCUUUUUUUAACCUGAGGCUUUGUGGUGAUUCAUUCCUCAUUGUUCCGCUCACUAUAGUAGCAACCCCAAUUUGGAUGCCCUGACUGGCUAGUGGAAAGCUAAACUAAUGUAUCAGAUGUGUAUAUGUAUUAGAGACACUGCUUUUGAAUCUGGAUCAGCUUUUCCAAGCUGGACAGCUUUGUCUUAUAUCUGUUGCUAUUUGGCAGAGCCUAGUAAAUCAUCUUACAAACUGUAUUUUUGAGAUACUUUCCCCAAGGAGUUGUAAAUAAUUUCAGACAAUUGAGAACAUGGUUCUUUCUCUUAUCACUUUUAGCAUCCUUUAUGCUUUUAUAGACAGGUCUGUGAAUAGUCAGUUACAUCCCUAAAGACCUUAGUAUUUCAGCCAAGCUUGUAAACCCCUUUCCCAAUGAUUUCAAAUACUAUUCUCAGCCAUAUUUUCAUAUCUAUUCUAAUGUAAAGAGAAGGCUGAGGAGGACUGUUUUCUUUGAUUAUUUGCAUUUUCACUGUGUUCUUUGAUUCCCACACUUGUAAGAGAACAUGUGUACUUCACUAGAUGCCACCAACUGAAAUGUUUGCUGCCAUUGCAGCUGUCAUUGCUGCUAAAUUUUGGUAUAACUGCUGCUCUUGGAAAAUUCACUUCACUUGCCUUUAUCUGAUUUUUUUCCCCAUUUUCCAUCUGACCUUUCCUGUGGGAGAAGGGGCUUAAGUGUUUGGGAUUUUUUUUUCCUUCGCCUUUGUGCUUGCAAAAGCUCCAUGUCCCAGGAUAACUGAAUUCAGCAAGAAAUAGGAGGAGAUUCCCAAAGUUACUAUUCAGAAUAGCAGUACAUAAAAGAAAUAAAGUCUCUGUGCUAAGAGUUGGGGCAGCAGAAGAAUAAUGGGUAGCUUUACCUGAGACACAGACAGAAGUAUAAAGAUCUUAGCUUGCUCUUCACUUAGUGAAGUAAUCUCUUCCAUGUCAUGGGAGAAACAGGUGGUACUGCUGAUGUAAAAAAAAAAAAGGGGGGGGGGCGGUUGGUUAGAGCUGGUAAGGAAGAAGGGAUAUGAGAAUAAAGCAAUCGUAAGUAAGCCCUGAAUUACUGCAAGAUGAUAAACCUCUACCCUGUGAAUCUGCUGUGCACGUGCAGUUUGUUAAGCAUGGAAGCUGUUUCCCUGUUCUAAACUAGCACAAGGAGGAAAUGGUGGUCUCCAGCCACUUUUAUUCAAAGUAGCAACCUUGUUUGAUCAGAGUAAUGGAGGAAAUGGAGUUGAUAAAUGACUGAAAAUCUUUCCAGAGCUCUUUCCCUUAGUGGCAGCAAGGAGAAGGGGACAGGGAGUCCUGCAAAGCUGAAGUUCCUCUGCUGCAAAGGCUGAUGAGCACAAUGCUUUUCCACAUGUGUAAGAAUGUUCUUACUAACGUGGUCCUACUUAGUAGUAGUAGGGCUGUAUUCAUGUUUGCCUAAUCUCUCUGUUUCAAAUACUGUGAGGACCAAGAAAGACUUUGCAGUUUGUUUAUUUGAUCUUUAACCCAAAGCUUAAGUCCAAACUUGAAUGGAAGUAUACUUUUUUUUCCCUGAAUUUAGUGCCUGCAUCUUCUGUUUUACCUGUGCUGAUUAAGCAAAUGCUGACCAUAGGCCUGAAAAGUAUUUUCCACAUGGAUAUAUAUAUAUAUAAUAUGUAUGUGUAUAUAUAUAUAUAUAUAUAUAUAUAUAUAUAUAUAUAUAUAUAUAAAAAAUUGUGCUCUAUGUAAGAGAAUAUCAGUCCUUUUGGUUUACUCUUGUCUCUGCAAAAAUACUUUCAUUUUCUCACAUGAAGACAAUUAGUAAAAUCUGUACAGGCAUACCUCACUUUAUUGUGCUUUGCUUUAUUGUGCCUCACAGAUAUUGCAGUCUUCACAAACUGAAGAUUUGUGGCAACCCUGUGUUCAGUAAGUCUAUCAGCACCAUUUUUCCAACAGCAUGUGCUCACUUCAUGUCUCUGUGUCACAUUUUGGUAAUUCUUGCAAUAUUUCAAACUUUUUCAUUAUUAUUGUAUCUGUUAUGGUUAUGUGUGAUCAGUGAUCUUUGACAUUACUAUUGUAAUUGUUUUGGGGGUCCACAAACUGCACCCAUAUAAAACGGUGAACUUAUCGACAAA